AUGUCACGCAGGGCCACCAAGCCUCAGGCUAAAGGAAAGGUGACAAGGACACUUACACCGGCACCCCCUAUAGCCAAGCCCAGGGCGCAAAGGAAACCAACUGGGUCCAAAGUGCAGGUUUCAGACGACCAAUAUGAAGAAUUCCUCAAGUUUCAAGCACAGAAGAAAAAAGAAGCUGAGGUCAAUCGUAAAGAAAAUGUUCGGAAGAAAGUGGAUGCUAUGUUAGAUGAAGAGAGUGACUUGGAACAGGAGUAUACGAGCACUAGCACUGACAAAAAGCUGUCACGUUCGCGUCCAGUGGUCCCUGAUGACAGUGACAUGGAUCAUAUAGAUGACGCUGAUCCUGCAGACAUUUUACCUUCUGUUGUUCCUUCUAAAGAGAAAGAAUCUACGCCUAGUCCUGAUUCUAGUGACCAAGAUGGGGCCAAUGAGGGCAGUGGUGAUGAGGGUGCCAAUGAUGGAGAUGAAGAUGUAUCAGCGGAGAGCACAGGUACUAGAAGGAGAACAAAUGGGCUUAUUGAGGUCAAGGAUGAGCCCCAGGAAGAUAAUGGGGAGAGGAUUCGUAGGAAAAGAGUACGCAAAGGUGACACUAAACUACCUACUACUUUAGCUUCCUUGAAGAAGGAUGGGUGCGGUCCCUUGGUUGAUCUUGCACACCAGCUACUUCGUAUCAAGAUAGCUUUGGUGAAUGCUUUUCCAGGCCCUUCAGUGGAUGUGCAGGACUCCUUUGCAUGGGACUGCAUCAAAGAAGCGGUCAAGAAUCCAGGCUCUCCCCUAAAGCCAAUGUUUGACGCCAUUUGCCAAGAUCCUGUUUUGAAGAAUAGAGCUCUAACUUAUACACCCGUUAAGCGCCCAUCACAAGCGCCCGUUGUUAGCGCUCAGUCAGCGUCUGUACCUAUAACCUUCACAAACCCUAACCCCAACUUCUCUAUUCCGUUAGCGCCCACUACUUCUAUUUCCGACGUUCCUGAUUUUGACUUCCUUACUCAAGCGAUUAAGUCACGUGACUCCAGAACCUUCGAGAACCCUUGCACAGCAAUCACACGUUCUAUGACAUCAUAG